CCAAGACUCAGCAGCAGUUGCGCAGCCCCUAUGCUAACACACACACACCCUGUUCCUCGAGAAAGAAACAAAGAAACAAAGAAAGAAAGGAAGGGGGAUCGGGAAAGGGGAAAUCCGAGAGGGAGGGCUUCACCACCAAUGGAAGGAGAUCCGGGGGAAGGAAGAGCACCGGGAAAACAGCAGCUCGUCGGCCAGCCGCGUUCUGCCACCACGUCCAGCUCGCCGCCGAUCGCGCUCCAAUUUUCUGCCACUACCGCGCUGUUUGCGCCAUCGCCAGGGAGAGCAAAACCGAGAAAGGGUUGGCUAGCUAAUGGGGAUGGUCGCGGGCUCGGAGCCGCAGUGCCUUCAUCACCACCGCGUCUACACCGUGCCGCCGCCACUGCUAAGGUUUGCCGCCGCCACCUUAUCACUGCCGGCAAGCACAGAGGGAGAGAGAAAUCGGAGUUUUGCCAGCAGAGAGAGAGAGAGAGAGAGCGCGAUAGGGGGAGCCAUCUCCGCCUGUGUCAUCGCCACCGAGAACUGCCAUAGAAGCUGUCUUCGCCGGUGCCGAUGGAGGCGCGAACAGAGGAAGAACGCACUCGUGGGGGGCUUGCGGAGAGAGUGAGGCACGAUGGUGGUGGGUGGUUCCACCGCCCUUGCUGCCGUGCCGUCAGAGUCUGCCGCCAUGGCCGCCGAUCUCCUAGUUGCUGCUGUGGUUGGGGGUCUGCUGUGUAUGGUCGCCGAAAAACCUUUCUGCCACCGGAGCUGCCCUGAAACACCAUCGAAGUCUGACAGUGCCACUGCCGGAGUUCUGAGGCCACCGAAAUCACCGUCGGAGCUUUUGGCUACUUCUGCCAUCGCCGGAAAAGUUUCCGUUGAUCCACCGGAGUUUCUGGCUGCCGACGGAGCUGUUGCUGCCACCGGUUCGAAAUCACAGCUGCUUCGUGUUGUCAUUCCGUGUUGCUGUGGUUACCGCGGGAGUAGCUUGGGGCCGAGGUUGCGGUUGUUGGUGAUCCCAGUUUAAGAGAGGAGGUUCCUGUGACACGUUUGGGUUAUGAAUUUGCAUUCUAAGGAUAUGGAUGCAGAAGUCACGAAGAGUGUAUUUAAUUAUUGUUGAGAUGCUCUGUGUUGCUUUAGAUUAUUAUUUGUUUUACCCUCGCCUUUACCUUGAUAUAUUUUGUAAGAGGGAUAGGAACUAUAUUGGAUAAUGCUUGUAAUAUUAUUUAUAUAUAUGCAUGUAUAUAUAUGGAUAUACUCUUUAUAAGUUUCUGCAAGUUGUAUGGUAUGUAUGGAUGUA